AUGGACGUCAUCAGACCGAUUGAACCCGAUGCUUCAAAAAGACACAGAUUCGUUUUGGUGGUUAUAGAUUACUUCACAAAGUGGGUCGAAGCCGCUUCCUAUAAAGCUGUGACUACGAAGGUCGUAGCAGACUUCAUUCGAUAUCGUAUCAUUUGUCGAUUUGGAGUACCUGAGUCAAUCAUUUCUGACAAUUCUACCAAUAUCGACAGUGAUAUGAUGAAAUCCAUGUUUUGCACGUCAACUGGGACAACUUUGUAUCUAUUGGUCUAUGGCACUGAAGCUGUUAUACCCGCCGAGGUGGAGAUUCCUUCCCUAAGAAUCAUACAGGAGGCCGAGCUAAACGAUGUGGAAUGGGUACAGAGCCGAUAUGAGAAACUAGCUCUCAUUAACGGUAAGAGAACGAAUGUAGUGUGUUACAAUCAACUCUACCAGAAUAGAAUGGCAAGGGAUUUUAACAAGAAGGCCGCUGGUUAUGUCACUCCCAUUCCUAUUGUUGCUGUUGAGAGUCCUUCCCAGUGGGUUAACCCCAACAAGACUUGUGCCUACCACUCAGGCAUGAAGGGUCAUACUAUCGAGGAAUGCAACAUGUUGAAAGACAAGAUCUAG